CAUACCUAGGUACGUAGGUAUGUACAUGUGUACCUGGCUAGGCUAAGUCUAAAUUUGAAUGGAGCAUUUUUGGAGCUUUCAAAGCAAUUUCCUCGACUUCUCCCCUAACGACGCGAAAAAACAAUUAACUUGACUCUUUUUAAUUCUUUCAUCCAUCAUUGAAAGACUGUGUCUAUUCGCAAGGCCUCCUUUCUUUUUUUAUAUCUUCCAUUUAACUUUAACUUUCCGAUUCUCCUUGUAUUUGUAAAUUUACUACUUUCGUUUCCUAUUCCAGAGAGCGACGACGCGACAAUGACAGACAAACUUCCGCCAAAUCUUCUCGCCCUCUUCGCGCCGCGACCGCCUUUGCGAUGGGUGCCUGCUCCCGAUUUCCCACCCGAGCAGCGAAGAACGCAUAAUAUUACCGGCGUCGCCAAUUAUCUUCCUUCUCUUGCUUACUAUAAGGAAAGCGACAAUUACACCCCUACUGAGAGCUGGCUGCAGAUGCGCGACAGGAAGAAGCUAGAAAAGAAGGCUCAACAAGAGAGGAUAUUGACCGAGGGUCCAUUACACUACAAGCCCAACGAGGAUCCUAACAUCCGUGGCGAUCCGUUCAAGACCUUGAUUGUCGCACGACUAAGCUAUGAUGCUACCGAGCACGACCUAGAAAAGGAAUUUGGACGUUUUGGUCCUAUCGAACGCAUUCGUAUCGUGACUGAUACACACGCCCACGAAAGGCCAAACAAGAAGAAGAAGCCCCAUCGUGGAUAUGCUUUUGUUGUUUUCGAGCGUGAGAAAGACAUGAGAGCUGCUUUAGAUGGUUGCGAUGGAAUUCGCAUUAGGGACCGCCGAAUUAAGGUAGAUGUCGAAAGAGGUCGAACGGUUAAGGGCUGGAAACCUCGUCGUUUUGGUGGUGGUCUGGGUGGCCGAGGAUAUUCCAAGGCUGCGCCUCCUCAACCUCGCGGCCCCGUAUUCGGAGCCGGUUUCGGUGGACGUGACGGUUUCCGCGGGGGUUUCCAGGGCCGUGGAAGAGGAGGAGGGUUUGGGGGUGGCCGUGACCGCGGUUUCCGAGGUGGAGGUAGCGGUGGUGGAGGGGAUUUCGGCUCUGGUCGUGAUCGUGGUUCUGGUCCGCAAAACGGGUAUAACCCGCCUCCCAAUGCGCCGGCUGGUCCCAACUACGGCGGACGUCGUGGAUUCGGUGGAGGUGAUCGGGACCGCAGCGGACCAGGGGGACCAGGGGGACCAGGUGGUGGGUAUGACUCGCGCAACGGCAGUCGCUCAUAUGAUGAUAGAUCAGGCGGACAUCGUGACGGAGGCAGAUUUGGCGACCGCGACCGCCGAAGCGGCGCCAACUUCGAACCGGUUCGUGGCGGACGAGAGUAUCGCGACUACGACCGGUCGAGAGACGACGAGAGCCGGAAACGGGGUUUCGAAGGAACAUACGAGGAUCCCCGAAAGCUACGACGCUACUAAGCCGAUCAUUCUUAUCGAGACAAGAGCCGUUUGUCUUGGUGGGUAUCUUCUGUCUUCCGUUCUUCUGCAUGCACACAGACAAGCAUCCCGACUUUUCCUUCUGCCUUUAGCCACCAAGGGUAAGCAAGGGUAAGAUGGUUUUGAAAAGCUACCGAAUGAACGAAAGCUACUUGACACCAGACGACGACCAAGUCAAAAGGUAAAGAAAGCGGACAAGACAUUGGAACGUCGCACAGCCCAGCCGAGCUUAGACCGGAAUCCUACUACUCCACCCCUAUCUAACAGUGGCUCUGGUGGCUCACGUUUCAAUGUCCUAUUCACCAUCUCCCGGAUCGCCUAUAGGCGUUAUUAAUGCCAGAAAGUAGCGAGGUAAUCCGUUUUCCUUUUUAACACUUACAUGUACUCUAUGAUGACCGUAGGGAAUAAUUGCAAGGUUUAGUUGAGUCGAAAGCAAUGAAUGGCGAGUAGUUCCUUUUCUCAUCAGGUAAGGUCGGAGGUAAGAAAUGAUGGGUAUGCCUACUGACCGGGGAUGAUGAUCUAUUGUUAAGCUGGAAAAGGGCCAGAGGCGUUGGAUGGGAGUUGAAAAAAGAGGAAUAAUGAGUCAAGUUGUGUUGUAAUCCCGUGUAUUAGGUAGGAAUAGUUCUUGUCUUCGACUUCAUUUGGCAUGACUUGACAUGUUUCUCACGAGACACAGCAUCGAAUUGUAUUGUAAGAUAGUCACGAAAGA